AUGACUCCAACCCUGCUGCUGUGUGGCUCGCAAGCCAUACAAUGGUCAGAGGAUUAUUUGUCCUCACUUCGAGAGAUGCUUCUUGCAGAUUCAGCUCUUCAGCCUCUUGUCCACGCCAUCCGUGACCUCCCGCAGUUAUGGGCCACCCUCCUUGAAGCAGACACGGCUCUACAUAAAAUGCCCGGAAAGCAAACCCUUGACCGAUUUACCAGAUGGCUCGAUGGAGAACGGCUGUUGGAGAAGGAUUCACCUUCAGAUUUGAAUAUGAUUAUGUCGCCACUCACCGUCAUCAUGCAACUGGUUGAAUAUAUCAGCCAUCUUCACCAGAGCAAUCUCACCCAUCUCCAGAUUCUGGACGGAGCAAAACAUGGGGGUAUCCAAGGGUUCUGCACUGGGUUCCUCGCUGCCAUUACAUUGUCAAUUUCUCGGGAUGAGAGUGAUGUCGCAGAACUGGGGACUGUGGCUUUACGUCUCGCUACCUGCAUUGGAGCCUACGUUGACCUAGACCAGUGCAACUCCUCUGGAUUUGCUUGUCUAGCUGUUCGAUGGCCUACUGCGGCAGAUGAACGAAAAGUCAAAGAUAUCUUGGAGACAUACAAUGGUGCAUAUUUAUCUGUGCGGUCCGAUGUGGCAUCGGCGACACUCACGGUUCCCCGAGCAGCCAAAUCCAGCAUAAUCGACGAGCUGAGCAAUAUCGGCGCCCACGUCAAGGAUAUCCCUCUGUCUGGCCGCUUCCAUAACCAGGUCAACCGUGAAUUAUUUGCGAAGCUUGCUGCACUGUGCAAGAGUACAAUUGGACUGCAAUUCCCGGGCCAUUGUCGCCCCCUCGUCCCUUUGCGCAGCAACGCUGAUGGAGAAUUACUCUCUGGGAAUGAAGCCCUACAUGUUGCAGCUCUGAACAGCUUGCUGCUUCAUGUAUCUGACUGGCACAAAACUGUCAGCAAAGCAAUGGACAGUCUCAGCCAGACAACGGCGGAGCCUGAAGUCUCUGUCCUGGGCCUCGGGGAUUGUAUUCCUCGCACAAUUCGGCAAUCCAGAGCUCUUCAUGUGAGCCAUAUCAAGACGGGCUCAACGCAAAGUCAUGAUGAUCCAUACCAGUACCCUGGAGAUUCUAUUGCUAUCGUUGGCAUGGGCUGUCGAUUCCCCGGAGCGGACUCGUUAGAGGAGUACUGGAAAGUUAUUGAAUCCGCGACAUCCAUGCUGGGGGACCUACCAGAGGGCAGAUUUCCCAAAACCAACCUACGCCGGGAUCCUAAUGGCAAGAUACCUCUCAACGGAAAUUUCUUACGACACCCAGACCUUUGGGAUCAUCGGUUCUUCAAAAGAUCAUCUCGCGAAGCAGCCUCCAUGGACCCGCAGCAUCGCCUGGCCCUGGAAGUUGCCUACGAAGCUCUCGAGUCAGCGGGUUACUUUGCCCAGCGCUCUCCGGCAAAGGAUAUAGGGUGUUAUAUGGGGGUUGCGGCAUCUGACUAUGAGGAUAAUGUCGCCUCGCAUGCUCCCACUGCGUUCUCGGUCUUGGGCAUGGUUCGCGCCUUUACCAGCGGAAAGAUCAGUCACUUCUUCGGAUUAAGUGGGCCGUCGUUAGUGUUUGAUACCGCCUGCUCUUCUUCUCUUGUGGCAAUCCACACUGCGUGUCGCGCCUUACAGGCAAACGAAUGUUCCAUGGCCUUGGCUGGUGGAGUGAAUGUCAUUACCAGCCCUACUUUGCACCAGAAUCUCGGUGCUGCAAACUUCCUCAGUCCUACCGGCGGAUCCAAAUCAUUUGAUGAUCGCGCAGAUGGGUACUGUCGUGGCGAGGGUGCUGGAAUCGUUCUAUUGAAACGGCUUGAUCGUGCCAUUGCCGAGAAAGACCGCAUCCUGGGGGUCAUCGCUGGUUCCGCUGUAAACCAGAACGACAACGCAUAUCCCGUUACGGUUCCCGUCUCCAUGUCACAAACCGCCCUCUAUCGGCGUGUACUGGAUAUGUCUGGUCUCUCCCCCCGUCCUGUAUCCUACGUCGAAGCACAUGGCACCGGUACACCGAAGGGCGACCCAAUCGAAUGCGCUAGUAUCCGCGAGGUAUUUGGGGGCCAAGUAAAUCGAAAGCUUUACUUUGGUUCUGUGAAGGCCAACAUCGGACACGCUGAAGCUGCGUCCGGUGUGGCUGGCCUCAUUAAGGUGCUCUUGAUGAUGCAGAAGCGGUCCAUCCCGCCUCAGGCACUCUUCGCCUCUCUCAACAAGAGUAUCCCACCAUUGGAGCCCGACAACAUGGCCAUAGCGCAACGGGUCACUCCAUGGAGUGAGGAGUUUUAUGCGGCUUGUGUGAACAACUAUGGGGCGGCUGGAAGCAAUGCGGCCUUGAUUGUCACACAACCCCCAAACAUACGCCGUGGGAGCCAUGCAGGCGUGGCGUUGAAGAAUUGUCCCAUACUAUUGUCUGCCAACACUGCUGGCAGCCUCCGACAGACCACGGUUGUCCUGAGAGAGUUCCUGGCCCACAAUCGUGCCAUUUCGGAAAACGAUCUCUUAAAGAGCACAGCGUUCCAUCUGGCUAAAAGAUUCAAUCCUUCUUUCAAAUACAGGCACUCAUUCUCUGUGGCAUCACUCAACCAGUUGGAUGAGAAGCUUCAGAUAUGCUCCCAGUUGCCGGAUUCGGAAUUCCUAUUGCCGCCAAACCAUCGCCCUGUCGUCCUUGCUUUUGGUGGUCAAACAGGGAAUGUCGUCCACUUGAGUGAGGGGGUAUAUCGCGGAUCAUCCAUUUUGCGGAAGUAUCUAGACAAAUGUGAUAUGCAGUUGCGACAACUCGGCCUGACCAGCAUAUUCCCUACUAUCUUUGAGCAAAAGUCUAUUGAGGAUACCAUUCAACUUCACUGCACGAUGUUCUCGCUGCAGUACGCCAGUGCGAUGGCUUGGAUUGCAGCCGGUCUCCAAGUGCAAACAGUCAUCGGACACAGCUUCGGACAGCUCACAGCCAUGUGCGUUGCUGGGGUUUUGAGCCUGGUUGACGCAAUCCGGCUAAUUGCAGGACGGGCAACAAUAAUUCAGGAGAAAUGGGGUGCUGAGAGAGGCUGCAUGCUGCUGGUACAGGGUGAAUUGGCUCUUGUACAGAAACUCAUUUCGCAAGCCCGCGAGGCUACCAGCCACGUCGUGGAGAUUGCCUGCUUCAACGGACCCAACAGCUUUGUUCUUGUGGGAUCAGAAGCGGAUAUUGAUGCUUUUGAUGGACUGGCUGCUUCAUCGCUGAAGACCCGCAAAAUGGCUGUUACCCACGGAUUCCAUUCACGGUUUGUCGACACCAUUAUGGAUGAUUACCAGAAACUGGCCGAUUCUUUGGAGUACAAAUCCCCCACCAUCGCGAUCGAGACAUGUUCCUCUGGUGAGACCUGGGACAUGUUCACGGCAGACAAGGUAGCCAAGCAGUCACGACAGCCGGUUUACUUUGCCGAAGCCGUGGAGCGCAUUGCCCAGCGCCUAGGUUCAUGCACUUGGAUUGAGGCUGGGUCUGGGUCAGGAAUCACCAGCAUGGCUCGACGAGCCCUGAACGACACGACCAACCAUGAUUUCCAUGCGGUCAACCUUGGAGGCCCCGAACCAUGGGCUGCUUUCGCUGAUACGACAGUGAGCCUGUGGCAGGCGGGCGUGCAAGUCGACUACUGGCCGUUCCAUAAAGAGCAACAAUUGGAGUAUCUGCCUCUCAAUCUGCCUCCAUAUCAGUUUGAACGAUCCCGCCACUGGCUCGCGUACGUCGACCGGCCGGGGGCAGAUGGCUUGAUCCAGUCCAAAGAAACGCAGUCGGUCGAGACAAAGCCGAAACUGGUUUCCUUCGUCAAAUACCUCGAUUCCAAUCGCCAGACAGCCGAGUUUAGCAUCGGACAAGACUGUGAGCAAUAUCAGGCGCUGGUUCGCGGCCACGCCGUCCUCGCUAACACUUUGUGCCCUGCCGCCUUGUACGUCGAGAUGGCCGCCUAUGCUGCUAGUCUACUCGUUCCGGACUUUUCCCCAUCGACAUACACAUCACGGGUAGAGGAUCUGCACAUGCAAUCUCCAUUGGCCAUCGAUCUCAAGCGUGGGCUUCGUCUGGUCCUCUCCUCUAGCGGCUCUGGGACAUGGCAGUUCAUUAUGCAGAGCUUCUCCCUUAGCGACAGUGACAACGCAACCCAACACGCCAGUGGCACGGUCAACAUCAGCUCAUUGACAAGUGAAAAGUUGCAAUCCCGGUUCUCUCGGUAUAAGCGGAUUGUCAACUAUGAGCGCUGUGAGAGUCUUCUUUCUGAUUCCGGUACUUCGGCCAUACAGGGCUCCCUGGUAUACAAAAUGUUUGACAAGGUGGUUGUGUACUCGGAUAUCUUCCGCGGUGUCAGCAAGAUUGCUUCGAGGGGACAUGAAGUGACUGGACAGGUCUCACUUCCAUCUGCUGGUUUAGAGCUGGUCAAGGAUUCUGUUUGCAACCCACUCGUUGUUGACAACUUCACCCAGGUCGCAGGUCUGCAUGUAAACAGUUUGGACGACUGCGGGUCUAACGAGGUGUACCUGUGCAAUGGCAUAGAGCAAAUUGAUGCAUGCAAACCCCUAGACGCGUCUGGGUCAUGGUUGGUUCACUCGUCAUUCGACCGUGUCGGUACACGGGAGCUCGUGAAUGACAUCUUCGUCUUUGAUGCUUCUACGAAGGAACUGGUGAUGACCCUGUUUGGAUUGCGGUUUGCUAAGGUGCCCACUGCAUCUCUGAAGAGAGCACUGGAGCGCGCCAAUACUGUCCAAAAUCCUGUGCAGACCCCUUCUCUCAAGGUCACCGAGCCCUCGGCCAACGUUCCAAAGGCACAACCGGUCAGCACAUACCCAAAGCCAAUGAAACCAGCCCCAGCUGCUGAUGCGCAGAUUCGCACGGCAACAAUGGCCUUGCUCAACGAGGUCGCUGACGUUCCCUUGUCUGAUAUCGCCGAUGGUGCUCAGUUGGAGGACUUGGGCAUUGAUUCCCUCAUGGCAGCAGAGCUUCUAAGCGCCAUCAGAGAAAGGUUCAACCUCGAUAUCCCGACUUCCACGUUUGCCAGUAUUGUCGACUUCAAGGGCCUUUAUCAGCACAUUGCCUCUGGUACUGACGCUGGGAUUCUCACGCCGUCCUCUUCCGGUAUGGAGUCCGACGAUAGUAUUCUCGAAGUCCAGUAUACAGACACCAGCACUCCGUUUUCCGAGAUUGCCUACCCACUAGAGGACAAGGACGCGGGAGACAGCGCCCAGGCAGGUCAGAUUGCUCAACUAUCCCAGCUGUUCGCUGAACAUCUGGAAUGCCCUCUUCCCAUCCCUUCCGGCGAGACACUCCGUGAUAUCGGUCUGGACUCGUUGGUUGGCAUGGAAUUGGCUGCAGAUAUCCAACAGGCAUUCGGUCGGAAGGUUGACCUCGCAACUCUGGACCCGGAGUGUACCUUUGGUCAGUUCUGCGACAUGGUCAUCCCCAAGCCUACAUUAUCGGUCCCCACAGUCUCUGAGAAGGUGGACAAAACAGUGCGCUGGGCAUCUACUGAGAUUGCUUACACCGCCAAGCGCGAGAACAAAAUGCAAGACCCAGUUGAAAUGCAAUCAGACGGCGGCAAUGUCAACUACCUCGCCCACUGUGCGGAGGACUUUGCCCAGAUUCGCAAGAAUUACACCACCUUCGCGAAGCAGACUGGGUUUGCUGACUUCCGCGCCAACGUCUACCCCCAGCAGAAAGAGUUGGUGUGCGCAUAUGUAACUGAGGCCUUCGCCGCUUUGGGAUCGGAUCUUAAGACGAUCCCAUCUGGGUCACCUCUGCCUCCUAUUCAACACAUCGCGAGACACGCCAAGGUCAUGAAGCAGUAUUACAAGGUGCUGGAGGACUCUGGCCUGAUUACCAUCACGGACAAUGGACCGAUACGCACUGCAAAGCCUGUCAGCCCGGUCAAGUCAGAAGAUCUCUACCAGAUGAUUUACUCCGCCUUCCCACAGCAUCGGGGCGAACACAAGCUCCUGAACUCAACCGGAUCUAAGCUAGCGUCCUGUCUGAAAGGAGAGACAGAUCCUUUGCAAAUCCUCUUUGGCAGCAAGGCAAGCAAGGACUUGAUGGAAGAUGUUUACACAAACUCACCCAUGUUCGCUACGGGAACCCGCAUCUUGGGUGACUUCUUCGUCAAGACUUUUUCCAAAUAUAAAGGGCCUGAAAAGCUGCGGAUCCUGGAGCUUGGAGCCGGCACGGGAGGAACGACGAAGUAUAUCGUCGAGAAGCUCCUGGAGCACAAUAUCCCGUUCACGUAUACCUUUACCGAUCUCUCCCCGUCGUUGGUCGCACUGGCAAAGCGCAAAUUCAGCCACUACGGGUGCCUCGAGUUCCUCGUGCUGGAUAUCGAAAAGACCCCUCCAGAGCACUUGACAAACUCAUACCAUGCCAUCCUCUCGUCCAACUGCGUGCACGCUACCAAGAACCUCCUCAACUCCACCACUAAUACGCGCAAGCUACUUCGUGCAGACGGCUUCCUGUGUCUGCUGGAACUUACCCGCAACCUCUUCUGGCUGGAUUGUGUUUUCGGGCUGCUGGAGGGGUGGUGGCUGUUUGAGGACGGCCGGAAGCAUGUGCUCGCCGACGAGUAUCUCUGGAAAGAGACGCUCCUGGAGGCCGGGUUCCGGCAUGUAGACUGGAGCGACGAUGAUACUGAAGAGUCGGAUCAGUUCCGGGUCAUCACUGGCUUCGUGGCUGACAUUGGACACAACGCUCUGGACCAAGCGAAGCCUGUCACUACGAAGCUACCGACCAUGGAAACAACAUCGUUCGCCACGGUGGACGGAAUUCCUCUCCUUGCAGAUAUCUAUUAUCCUACGAAGCCCGACGCACCAGGCGUCAAGCGCCCCAUUGCGCUCAUGAUCCAUGGCGGAGGCCACAUCAUGCUCUCUCGCAGAGACAUCCGCCCGAAGCAGACCCGCCUUCUCCUCGAGCGUGGUCUCCUUCCUGUCAGUAUCGAGUACCGUCUCUGUCCCGAAGUCAGUCUCACAGAGGGCCCUAUCCCCGAUGCGUGCGCCGCGCUCAACUGGGUGCGCACCGUUCUCCCGACCCUCCGCCUGCAGCGACCGGAUAUCCACCCUAAUGGCGACAAAGUAGCCGUCGUCGGCUGGUCGACCGGAGGGACGCUGUCGAUGAUGCUCGCCUUCAGUGCCCCGCAACGCGGUAUCCGGCCACCAGACGCAAUUCUUGCAUUCUACUGCCCCACAGACUACGAGGCUGAAUUUUUCCGCACACCAAACUAUCCCGAAGACACUUCGGAGGUUGUUCCUGAAAUCUAUGACAUCCUAGAAGGCGUGCAAGAGCGUCCUAUUACAGCGUAUAAUGUGCCGGCGCACCAGGGCGCCACCGGCGGAUGGAUGUCUCUGUCUGAUCCGCGCUCGCGCAUCGCGUUGCAUAUGAAUUGGAGAGGACAGAUGAUGCCUGUGCUGCUGGACGGGCUUCCAUCUAAGAAGACACUACUGGAGGCCGGUGGCGACGCAUCCCCGUCGAAGUGGAUGGAUCUGCCUCAGCCCAGCGUGGACCGGCUGCGAGCUGUUAGUCCGUAUGCGCAGAUCGUCCAGGGGAAUUACCGCGUGCCUACGUUCUUGGUCCACGGAACGCGAGAUGACCUCAUUCCGUGGGAGCAGUCGGUACGGACGAAGGAUGCACUGACUUCUCAGGGUGUUGCAGCUGGAGUGGCUGUGGUGGACGAUGCGGUGCACUUGUUUGAUCUCUACAGGGACCCGGAGGGGCGGUAUUGGAACGCUGUCUUGGAGGGAUAUGAGUUUUUGUUGAGGCACCUUUAG